AUGUCUGAUGAUCUCAACAUGAUGGGAAGCUCUCGUAUGCCUGUAAGUCUUCGGACGGCGCUACCGUCUACAAAGAACAGCCCGAGAGGCAAUUAUCUCAAUAUAGGCACUGAGAUUCUCCGUAACCUGAUCUUCUUCUCUUUUCUCUUACGAUGGACAAGAAAAGGUGUCUUGCAGCUCAAAGGCCGCGGGCUCUUCGGGACAGUGGCGGAGGCGUACAUCUCGAUACGACGGACGCUUUACGGCAUAUUCCUGAAAAGUCCUGGCGUACGUAGCCAAGUACAAAAGCAAGUCACUGAAGCAAUUACCAAACUCGAAGGAAAGCUAGUCCCUCAAGGGCCUGGCAUAAGUCGAUACCUCACGCUACCGAAGGAAGGAUGGACCGAGCAGCAAGUGAGGGCAGAGCUGGAAAUACUUGGUGGUAUGGAGCAUACACGCUGGGAGGAUGGCCUUGUUAGCGGAGCGGUUUACCAUGGCGGGAACGAAUUGAUCAAGCUACAAUCAGAGGCCUUUGAAAAGUUCAGCGUUGCAAAUCCAAUACAUCCAGACGUCUUUCCAGGAGUACGAAAGAUGGAGGCGGAGAUCGUCGCUAUGGUCCUUGCCAUGUUCAAUGCACCAGCUGGAGGAGCUGGAGUUACUACGAGUGGUGGCACGGAGUCAAUAUUAAUGGCGUGCUUGAGCGCUAGGCAGAAGGCGCGCGCAGAACGUGGCGUCACUGAGCCUGAAAUGGUAAUACCAGAUACUGCUCACGCAGCGUUUCGCAAAGCUGGCGCUUACUUCGGUAUCAAGGUUCACCUGGUAGCCUGUCCGGCACCAACAUACAGUGUACACAUACCCGGUGUUUCUCGUCUAAUCAACAGCAAUACCAUACUUCUCGUUGGGUCUGCCCCAAACUUCCCUCACGGCAUCGUUGACGACAUUACAUCUCUAUCCCGCCUCGCUCUCCGCAAGAAAGGAUCUCUGCCUCUUCAUGUCGACUGCUGUCUCGGCUCCUUCCUAGUCCCUUUUCUCGCACGCGCGGGUUUCCCGACUGUCCCGUUUGACUUCACCCUGAAAGGCGUCACAAGCAUCUCCUGCGACACCCACAAAUACGGCUUUGCGCCCAAAGGAAAUUCUGUCCUUCUUUACCGGACAUCGGCGCUCCGCACGUACCAGUACUUCGUCUCCGCCGACUGGUCUGGAGGCGUGUACGCCUCACCGAGCAUUGCAGGCUCACGUCCUGGUGCUCUCAUUGCCACCUGUUGGGCUAGCCUAAUGUCUCAAGGCGAAAGCGGCUACAUCGAUAGCUGCCAUAAAAUAGUUGGCGCUGCUAAGAAAAUUGAAUCAACCAUCCGAGAGCACCCCUCUCUGCGGGACGAUCUCACUGUCAUGGGAAAGCCGCUCGUCAGCGUUGUCGCUUUCACGUCGAGAACUCUCAACGUGUACGAUCUUGCCGAUGCUAUGUCGAGUAAAGGAUGGCAUCUAAAUGCCUUACAAAGGCCACCAGCCAUUCAUGUUGCUGUAACGUUACCAGUUGUCGCUGCCGUGGACAAACUUCUCGGAGACCUUGUGGCAGUGGUAGAAGAGGAGAAGGAAAAGGAGAGGGUAAGAAUUGUGGAAGGCAAGGGAGCAAAGGGCGGAGCGAAAGGCGAUGCGGCGGCGUUGUACGGUGUCGCCGGGAGUCUCCCGAACCCGAGUGUGGUCAACAGUCUGGCUGAGGGUUUCUUGGACACGCUGUAUAAAGCCUGA